CCCGGUGCCCGCCGCCUCCUCGAUCAUGGCGACGCCGCCGCGCGUCUCGUGCGGCUCCCUUCUUCAGGAACUGCAGGUGCUCUGGGGAGAAAUUGGUCAGAAUGAAGCAGAAAGAGACAGAAUGAUAUUGCAGCUUGAGGAGGACUGCCUGAAUGUUUACAGAAGCAAAGUAGAGCAAACAAGGAAACAAAAGGAGGACCUAAUUGAAGCAGUUUCUUUUGGUGAAUCUGACAUUGAUAAAAUCCUUUCUGCUCUUGGAGAGCGAGAAUCUUUUUCUAGGGUAGAGAAGCUUGAGGGAACAUUACUGGAACAACUUGCAAAAGUAGAGCCUGCCCUCGACGAUUUGAGACGGAGGAGGGAUGAGCGAGUUGAAGAGUUUAUGGUUGUACAGGUGCAAAUAGUUCGUCUACACGCAGAAAUUUCGGGAACAAUUGAUCAUGGGGAUCCUGUAACUCCUAUGGUGGAUGAGACAAACCUAUCCCAAAAGAGGCUAGCAGAGUUUAACAGCCAGCUUAAAGAGCUCCAAACUGAAAAGAAUCUCAGGCUGCAAAAGAUCGAUGUACAGAUCAAUUAUAUUCAUGAAAUCUGCAACAUGAUGUCUCUUGAUCUUCAAAAAGAACUAUAUGAAGUUCAUCCCAGCUUCAUUGAGUUGGGGAGAACUACACCGAUGAGUAUAAGUGAUAGCACACUUGAAAGGCUUGCUAGAAAAGUUCAUUCGUUAAAUCAAGAAAAGAAACAGAGGCUCCGGAAGUUACAAGAUCUUGGCAGCACACUUAUUGAGUUAUGGAACCUCAUGGACACACCAACUGAUGAACAAAAAUGCUUUGAUCAUGUUACUUCUCUCAUUUCAGUCUCACCGAAUACAAAAAUGCCCCAAGGAUGCCUUGCAUGUGAACUUAUUGAGAAGGUAGAGGCUGAGGUUAAGAGGCUAAAUUGUUUGAAAGCCAGCAGAAUGAAAGAGCUUGUGUUUAAGAAAAUGAUUGAGCUGGAAGAGAUCUACAGAAAUGUUCACAUGGAUAUCGACAGUGAUCACGAGAGGCGGAUUCUCAAUGAUCUUAUUGAUUCUGGUAAAGCAGAUCUUUCAGAUUUGCUUACAGGAAUGGACGGCCGAAUUACAAAGGCAAGAGAGCACGCUCUAAGCCGAAAAGACAUUCUAGAGAAGAUUGACAAAUGGACGUUAGCAUCUGAAGAGGAGAAUUGGCUUGUUGAGUAUGAGAGGGAUCAGAACCGCUAUAAUGCCGGUCGAGGAGCUCACAUAAAUCUCAAGCGUGCUGAAAAGGCAAGGAUGUUGGUCAGCAAAAUCCCAUCUCUGCUAGAGAAUUUAACCACUAAAAUUAAAGCUUGGGAAAAGGAGAAGGGUGUUCCAUUCAUGUAUGACAAGAUAAGGCUGUUGGAUAGUUUAGAAGAAUACACCUCAAGAAGACAGCAGAAGGAAGAAGAGAAACGGCGAUCACGGGAGCUGAAGAAACUCCAAGAACAGUUUGUGGCAGAACAAGGUGCUACGUUUGUAAUGAAGCCAAGCCCUGUGCGUCCGCCUUCGGCUAGGAAGCCUCUUGGGCAGAGCUCCAACGUCAACAUAAUCGGUGGAACUCCAACCGGCCGCCGUGCCUGUACCCCAAUGGCACGCAAGGGAGGGUUGUCCUCUGGCAAAGUGAAGGACGCUGGCAAGACAGCGGCGUUUAUACCAGCAAACUACGUGGCCCUUCCCAAGGAUUGCUCAGACAAUUCUAGCCUGUGAAAAUGCCAUCACCAGCUAUAACUUAGGAGUCAAACUCGGGCUUUUUGCGUUUUUCAUUUCGUUUGAUCUACUCGAUUAGCUCCUUGCUAAUAGUUAAUUGGUUACGUGAUCUAAACUUCUGAUGCAAAACCUUUCUCAUGUGAAAUGACCACAACGAUAGUAUAAUUGGUUCUGUGGGCACUCUA